AUGUAUCCACAAUACCCGCCAAGACAUUUGCUCUUAAUUCUCCUCAUCAUAUUGCCUUCCUUUAUCUCUUGUUUUAGCACUUACCAAGAGAUCCCAACUGCCAAUAUACUUGACCAUACCCAUAGCUACAGUGAUUCAUCAAGAUCCUAUCAUCCAUAUUUUAGCACCAUUGAUAGAAAAGAUAACGACUUCAAGCAUACAUUUCCAAGUUCGAUCAAUUAUGAGUCCACGGUUCUAACAAGACUCAAUGGAGCAAACGCUCCUGCAAGUUCAGCAAAGGUGGUAAAUGUGGACGAUUUUGGAGCUAAAGCUGAUGGAACAGAUGACAGUCAGGCAUUUAAGAAAGCGUGGGAGGAGGCUUGCUCUUCUAAAAGAAGUGCCGUUAUCGUGAUACCUAAGAACAAGAUUUACUAUCUCAAGCCAGUUACAUUUUCAGGUCCUUGUGAAUCUGAUCUUGUAUUCAUGGUUUUUGGAACAAUCAAAGCGUCCGCUACAAUAAGCGACUACGAAAAAGAUAGAAUGCAUUGGCUUGUAUUCCAAAAUGUACAAAAUUUCAGAGUUAAAGGUGGUGGCACCAUCGAUGGCAGUGGAAAAAUAUGGUGGGAAAAGUCUUGCAAAAUCGACCAAAGCCAGCCUUGCCAACAUGCACCAACUGCUGUGACCUUCUUGGAAUGCAAGAGUUUGAUAGUAGCCAACCUGAGGUUCAAAAAUGCACAACAAAUGCAUCUUACGUUCCAAGAUUGUGUUAAUGUCAGAGCUUUGAAUCUCAUGGUAAUUGCACCGGCGACGAGCCCGAACACAGAUGGCAUUCAUGUCACCGGCACUCAAAACAUAAGGAUAAGAAAAUGUGUCAUAAGGACAGGUGAUGAUUGUAUUUCAAUAGUAAGCGGGUCUAAAAAUAUAGAAGCCAGUGACAUAACCUGCGGACCAGGCCACGGAAUAAGUAUUGGUAGCCUAGGAGCCGAUAAUUCAGGGGCUGAAGUUUCAAAUGUGUUUGUUAAUAGAGCAACAAUUUCAGGAACCAGUAAUGGAGUUAGAAUUAAGACUUGGCAGGGAGGUUCUGGAUAUGCCAGGAACAUAGUGUUUCAAAAUGUGGUAAUGCGUAAUGUGACAAAUCCCAUAAUUAUCGAUCAAAACUACUGUGAUCAAGAUAAUCCAUGCAAAGAACAGACCUCGGCUGUGCAAAUAAGCAACGUGAGGUACAAGAACAUCAAGGGAACUAGUGCUUCGGAUGUAGCUGUAAAAUUUGAUUGCAGCAAGGCCGUCCCUUGCCAAGGAAUUUUGUUGCAAGAUAUAAAUAUAUCACUCCAGGAAAAGGGAAAGCCCGAAGCUUCAUGCGCGAACGUUAAAUUAACAAGGAGAGAUGAAGUUUUUCCACAGUGCUCGUAA